GCAAACUGUUGAAAUUAUUGGGAACGUACCGAUUGGGUCGUUACAUGAAGCAAUGAAGAAAUAGCGGGAUAUUUUUGGAGCUUUUUCCCGGGACAUAAUAAUCAAGGAGGUAUGCAUUAAUCGGAUAGAAAGAAAACUGAAGUUCGACAAGUGGUUAUAAGACGUUUAAUGUGAAGGAUGGAUGAUGAGCGUUACUUGUAUUCCCCGUUGGGUAUCAUGUUUGUUACAAUGGGUGAAAAUCAUGAACAAGUCUCGUUUGCUUAUCCGUUCCAGAGUGCUUCCUCCGUUCCAACCGAAUCACAAUCUUUUCCAUUUUCUGAACCGUAUCGAACUAUUUGCGCACAAUCGCUGAAAGGUGAUGAUGAGCGAAAUCAGAGUGAUGCAGAGCAAUAUGGGGUACCAACAAAAAUCCUUGCUCAUUUACUUUCUGCCAGGGGUACAUGUGAAAAACCAUUCGAAAUUAAAAUUGAUAAUAUACGAUUUGCUGGUUUCCCUAAGACCGUUUCACGUCCAACCGGUCGCUCACCACAAACAUUUCAUGUUGUUUUCAUUUUAAAUGCAAAAACAGCAGCCGAUCUCGUUACUUCAUUUCAGGAGCUCAGUCGUAAAAUUGCUAUUGCAAUCGAUGAAGAGCAAACACGUUGCGAUUAUUUGGCGGAACAAAUGACAGCAAUAUUAAAUGAACAUGAGAAGAACGAAUCUCUUCCAGAAAGCCAAUCAUUUCCGUAUCAUGAAGUGCUGACACAUUGUUCACUGGCACAGGAUCUUCGUGAUAUAUUCAAUGAUGUUAGUGAAUACGGCGUAGUUCACAUUUUUUUAAAUGAUUGUAUUGAAGUUGGCUUUUGCGUUCAACCACGUGCGCUUUUACAUGCAGGGCUAACACCUAAAACUAAGAGUGAAAUAGAAGCAACUAUUCUACGCCUAAAGCCAUAUCACGGAAUUUUACUGCUGGAAGAUACUGUGCCAGGACAUGACUCAAAUCCAGCAUUGCACUUUUUCCUGAAACACUGUCACCCGGACCAGAGCCUAAUGAGCAUCAGCGAUUCAUCAGGUCUUCCAUUGUUUCAAGUUCUUACAGUCGUUAGGCAUUUACUAUUAUGGGCACGCGCCAUUGUUAUAUAUCCAUUGUGCAGUAGUAACGUUUACACUUCUGCUACGUCACCGAAACCGUUGUCAAGGCUAAGUGAACAAUUUGGUGAAAUUUUCGAGAAUGCUUAUCUACCUACAAUACUGGCAGAAUUUUCUCCACCAUGUACAUUAGCGGAAUUUAUGAAUGCUUCAAUGCACAGUUUCAGUGAGCAGCAACUUCGCUUACGAAUGGUUGCACGACUAUUGCGAGAUGAGCUGAUUAUGCAACUUCAUACAUUCCUUUAUUUGAUGCCACCAUUUUCGCAUGAAACUGUCAAUGAGUCUAUCAUGGACACACUCCAAGAAGAUGAUAACAUACAUAAGUUAUUAUCAGGUGCAAUGCUGACAAGUGAAAUUAAGGCUUCAGUGAUUCAGAUAUAUAAGACGAUGCUUAAGCAACAUCCACAGCGAUAUGUUGAAGAUUUAUUUGAUCUAUUUCUAAGGAUGACACCCUACUUGCAUGGUGAGCAUCAUAUUGAAGAUAUAAUGUAUAGGAUGAAUUUGGAACGAUCAUCCGUAAUGCGUGUUUUGGAUACAUUUGCUUGCGUAAUUGCACCAUUUAUGCGACCCGAAUAUGUUUAAAUAACAUUUGUAUAAAAAAUUUGUGUCACUCUUAUUUGAACAUCUUUUUUUCAAUCGAUAUUUGGUUGCUGAAAACGACUGAGACGAUUCUAAUUCACUUUUUUUUUGAAAUAUCCGCUUCUCUAAAUUAUUAGUACCAAUUGCAGAGUGAACAAAUGUGUAAACAGUUGAGCUAAUUAUUUUUAAGUCUAUUCUGUUUACCGAUUAAAAUUAAAAUAUAAUUCUUAAUUUAAGAAUUUUCUGCAACACAGAAAAUUUACGUAUAUCGUAGCUUUAAAAAUAUGUAAAUUGCUUCAUUCCUUCUGCAUUUUACUAGUCAUUGUCUCACGUAAUUAAAAAC